GCCUUGCAACGGCCGAGCCAGGCGUGCCCGCGACCGAGCCGGGAGCAGCCCCUGGAGUGCCGAGCCGGCUCCGCUCCCUUCCCAGCAGCCGUGGGGAAAAAUUCUGGCUCAAACUUCCUUGGGAAAUACAAUGAUCUAUUGCUAGGAACUAUUCUGCUGAUUUUUCAGUUCAUACCUGCAGUUUGAACCAUCAAGUGUCAUGGCGGACUGGUUGCUGAUUGGACUGUUUGCAGCACUGGUUGUGCUUCUCCUGCUGACAGUCUUUGGAUUUGCUGUCUAUUCGGGACUCUUCUCAGAAGUGGUUGUGAGUGCUGGUUUGCCCCCAUUUGGCAACAUCACUGUGGCAUACAAAUUCCAAGUGGGGCCUUAUGGCGAUAAUGGAAGACUGUUUAUGGAGAGCUGCAGCAUCUCUCCAAAGCUGUGCUCUAUCGCUAUCUAUUAUGACAGCCCUCAUACGGUGGAUCCAGAGAAAUGCCGCUAUGCUGUGGGUAGUAUCCUCAGUGAAGGAGAAGAGAAACCAUCUGAGGAAGUGGUGCGCAUGUUCUUGAAGUAUGGUUUCAAAAUUUUCAACUUUCCAGCCUCAAGUCAUGUUGUUAUGGCAACCUUCCCCUAUACAACUCCGCUGUCCAUCCAUUUGGCAGUGAACCGUGUUCACACAUGCCUUGAUGCAUAUAUCAAAGAGCGCAAACUGUGUGCACAUCCCAGACUGGAGAUCUACAAAGGCAGCCAAAUCUAUUUUAUAUGCCCCCUUGCUCGUCAAGGGGAUUUCUACGUGCCUGAAAUGAAAGAAUUGGAGAAGAAAAGCAGAGUAGCAGCAGCAGAUGCUGAAGAUGCUCAAACAGAUAUCACAGGGGCCGACACCUUGAGUGAGACCAGCUCUGUCAGCCUGGAGGGCACAACCGACAGCAGAGAUACUUCAGUGGCUACCUCCAUUUUGUCCCCCUUCAUGUCUGGCCACAGCCGAGAUGAAGCAGACAAUCGCAGCGAGCACAGCUACAGCGAGUCAGGGGCCAGUGGCUCCUCCUUCGAGGAACUGGAUUUGGAAGGCAAUGGUGAUGGAGAUGGCAUGGUGGGUUUGCCAUCUGACCUCAGUCCUGCUGGGGACCAUGACAUUGCCAAGGCCAAGGGGGUCAAGGAGCCUAUUGCCCUGGAGAAAGAAAGGGGUGAAGAAUAAAGCCAUCUCUAUACUCUUGUUUCUUAGGGAUUGAAAAGAGAAACUGAUCAUAUCUCUUGCUUCCUUUCUGUCCAGCCAAAAGAUUUUGGUCACUGAUUCAUGUUGAGACCUGUCCUACUCUUUGUCUGCAGACAAGUAUUUGAGGUGUGAUAAAGGAGGAGAAAAUUACAUACAGGGGAAUUGUAGCUGAUUGCCAUGCUCCUCUAAUCAGAUGAAGGAUACGUGCUGCUACAGGAAGAUGAGAAUGGGAAGGGCAGAAGUGGUGAUGGGGAGCUCAUGAUAACACUGUGCAUCCCCAUGUGUGUGAAUAUGAGCUGUGGGGUGAGUGACUAUGCAGGUAGCACUUUAUGUGGGCUAAUAGUUGCCUUUAUGUAUAGAUUGUCCCCUUACCUUUCUCUCUCACUCUUCCUCCCUCCACCCCCCCAUCAUUUGUUUCUCUGCAACUUGCACAGAUUGGCACCACAUCCCAACACCAAAGAGCAGUAGUUAUAUUUAGAACUGGAAAAUGUAGUUCAAACCUUUACUCCCUAAGAAGACUUGUGCAUUUUCCUAAUCUGUACUACCAUUAACAGCUCUCCUUUGAAGAGUGAAGGUUUAUGAGCCGGGUUGCUGUGAUCCCAAGCACUCUACUUUCUUUCUCAUUCUUUCCCACAUACCCAUGCAGCCUAGUUUCACUGUCUCUCUUUUAGACUGCACAAUGAUAGAAUAAACCAGGUUCUUCGUAGUCACAGUUGUUGCACCCGUUAACAUCUGUUGGUGUGCCCAGGGAACCAACCUUGAGAAGUCCCUUGCCUCACUUUGCCUCAGAUACAAAAGGUAGCCCAUCUGAAAGAUUCAACUGUUGCUGCUGAAAUUAAUGAAUAUCCUCUCCCUGCUGUCCCAUCAAAGAAGCUGUAGAGAAUGUAUAAUUACCACAGCAGUACAGGUCAGUGGUACAACAGAGUCAAUGCAUCCAUGUCUUUCCCAUGCUGGUCCUCAGAGGUUGUGAUGUGAUGGUAGUUCAGUUCAGGAAUGAAGAUUCCUGUGUUGAGUACUGUAAUGUAGCAGAAGGUUUGCUGUGGUAACCAUAGUGGAUUUGACAUAAUGUUGUGUGCCAGAACUUCCUGGAUGUUAUGACUUGGAGAAGCUGCAUAUUCUGCCCUUCUGCAAGAUAAGAAUUUAUUUGCUUCCAGUACAAAUAAUUUAUUUGCUUCCAGUAGAAGGAUAUGUGAAGAUGGUCCUCUCUUUGCAUUAACAAUAUUUCUGGAUGGUGGGUAGUUGUGGCACUACGCCAGUUUCCUCCCUGCUAUAUAUAAAAAAGUUCUUGCACUAGGGUAUCAUUUGACAAGAACCAUGUCAAUCAAUCUGCAUCCUCUGAGCUCCAUAACUAUGGUCUGAGGAAAAAGUAACCAGGUCAGCAGGAGGGAGAAAAUAUUGAUAUGUGUGUUUCAGGGUGGGGGGGUGGUGAAAUAUAUAAAAGUUCUGAUCCUCCCCACCACAUUCUUGCUCCUCUUGCUGACAUCCUCUCUGUAGAGGUCUUGGAUCAAUGGCUCACUCUGUUUCUUAAUGGACUUGAAUCCAUACGGUGAGCAAACGAGUUCAAUGAUUAGCCACCUUCAGACCUCAAUUGACUCAGCCUAGAAGGAAAUCAAUGAGAUGCAGUGUUAGAACUUACUCAUUGAGCUGUGUAGCCAUAAGGCUACUUAGCUCCCCCUCCCUCUGUAAGCAGUCACCACUGAUUCCUUACUUUCUUCUUUUUAUUAUUAUUUUUGUGGUCUGCAAUGUUUCUGUUUCUUAAUGCUUUCUGUCCAUGAUUUAAAAUCAAUACUCAUGUUUCCCCAGUCCUGAUUUACCAUGGCAUCCAUAUCAGUGCUUGCAGUGUCCUUGAAAUUAGUAUGAUUGAUGGAAGCAGACCCAUGCUAAAAAUGGGAAAUUGGAUAUGUUCCAUGCCCCUUAAGGCUGAAGUUGGUGUAAGUUCCCCACGUAGAAUGCUCACUGUUGGGUGGGUGUUCUCAUCUGCCUGGGCAUUACUUCAUCCAUUGCACUACACAUCUGGUGUUUUGUAGUGAAGUACAUGGAACAUCAUUGCAAGAACCCCAUUUUAGCAAUGCUUUCCUGUGCCUAUUGCUAAGUAAGGCUUCUGAACUGUUUGCAUUAAGUGCCUGUUCACAGUGUGUCUCUGCACAUGUAUAUCUAUGUGCAAAUGGGCGUACAUGGCUGUCUCUUUCCUUAGACAUGUGUCUUUGUUUGUACUUCUGUAUCUGUCUAUGUUCAUUAAGGGCAUAGAGCUACAUGCACUUCUGGGUACAGACUCAGGGCCAAGCUAGAUAUGACACCAUUCACACAAUUGUUAAUUGUGUGAAUGAUGUUAUGUCUAGUUUAAACCUCAUACUGUAUGCAUGUCUGUCUGUAUUCAUACCUCUCAAGCACUCUCUUUCUGAGUCAUGGGGUGCUAUUAGGAUAAAGGUAAAGGAAGGAACAGUAGGAGGCAUGCAGAUAAUACUGUAUUAUGCCCUUCUCCAGAUUUCAGUUGACACACAACAAAAAUACUCUUCUCCCUUUGUUGUGCUGGGUGGUGGUGGUAGUUCUUUGAAGAAAAGGGAGAGCAAGUAAUAUUUUCCCAUCUUACAGUAACUGCUGCAUACUUGUGGAUUCUGUUAUAAUGAAGGCAAGGAUAUCAGUAUCAAAAGCUUCUUUCUUAUAUAUGAUGAUUUAUUUGUAUAGUGUUUUGACUAACCUCUCAGUGUAUAUAGGUGGGCACUGUACAUCUUCAUGUGUUGCCAUGUAUGACCAUGCAUCCAUAUAUGAGUAUAUGAUUGUAUCCUGCAUCAUUUUCUAUACGUAUGAAGCAUGUGUGCGGAAAGUGGGUAAAUCAGCCAUUCUGCUUGCUCCAUUACACAUGUAGCCCCUUCUACAUAUGCACAAGUUAAUUGGCUGCUUAAUUCUUAAUGGUGUUUAUAGAGAUACUUCACAAGACAAACAUAUACUAUAGCUCUUCAUCUGAUUAUAUCACAUCAUGGAGAAUUACUCCUGCAUCAAAACACAUGGGAAAUGAAUGUGGCAGGCAGCAAAAUAUUCCCAGAUAUUGAAAGCUUGUAGCAGGAAGGGAGAAGACUAAGCUAGAUGCUUUAACCUAGUCUGUUACCUUACAUGCAAGCAUUCAUCAUGCAGUGAGAUUUUAACAAGAAAAAAAGUUUCCAAACAUGGAAUCUCUCAUGUAUAUUCUUAUGUAUGCUAUUUGUGUGGAAAAAUUGGAUUACAUGACUACCAGAAAUUUGCAGUGGCUCAGGUAUGAACCUUUGAUUGGAUGGCGUUUUCUUCUUCGAGAGUAAAUCUCUCCUUACCCAUCUUUGAAUACAAGCCAGAUGGACCCAAAAGAAAAAAAAUCAUUUUUAUUCUGCCUAAGAGGAAGCUUGAAGAAUGUUUUGCCUUGUGCUGGAAGUUGGGAAGCAAAGCUGCUUUGGAAAAUUUAGAGAAAUUGUGCUGCAUGUAAAAUUUGUGAAUAAGCUGCUACGCUGGAACUGUUCACACUGUGUGUUUGGGAUGAGCAACUGAUAGAUCACUAAGGCUCCCAGCGGUUGGGGAAGCGGCCCUUGCUAGUACAAUGGUAGCAACCCAUUCUGGGGUAUUCCUGUGCAUUUAAUGGUACUGCCAUUUUUAAUGGUUGGUUUAUGACAGGUAGAGGGUGCAAUAAUGACAUCUUUCUAUCAAUUAUGGCUUUAAUAUCCCAAUUAGACACUUAAAUUACUGAAUUGAACCCAUUGACAACCCUGCCAUGACCAGGACAAAGGACCAGAGAAGCCACUCAAACAAAUGUUUCCAGCUAUACUCUGUCUUUGCCAAAAUCUUCCAUAAAAGGUUUGCUUUGUAUAAAGAAUUUUCUGAGUUAGAUACAUAUAGCUUUUGCAGGAAUGAGCACCAGGCCUAGCAUCUCUUUCCUUUCAAAAAAAAACCCCUUCUGUCCAUCAAAAGAAUGUAGAUCUUAAAUGCAGAAUGUAGUGGCAGCCUAUUAGUUAUCAUUGUUGUGAAUCUCCAUUGUUUUGCAGACAAGUAACUGUAGAGAUGAGCCCAGAAUCCUAAAAGUAUAUGGUGUUGUAUGCCACCCUCACUUGUGCUGAUCAAUAGAGGUUUUUCACUGUGUGUGUGUGUGUGCGCGCGUGUGAAAGAGAGAGAGAGAGAGAGAGCCUUUUCCCACUAAUAUCUCAGACUGCUUCAGGCAUUUUUCAUAUGGCCACCUCUUUCCAGGGGCAUAACUCAAGCCUGCCCUUACUAGACAGUUGUCUGGGUAAUCUGUUGUUGGAUACUCUGCUUCUGCGGCCAGUCUGGCAUUCGUAUCUCUCCCUCUCUAUCUCUCUCUUGGCAUUUGCUGUGAUUGUGAGGGACUGGGCGGUGGGACAAUUACUAUCCAUCUGUGGUGAGAACACAUGAUGUGGUGAGGACACAUCAGCGCAUCGCAAGAACAACAAAUGUUUCAUCUCUUUCAUUCUAAUUGCAAUGGAAUCAGUUUGCCACAGCAGAAAUUACAAACAAUAGCUUUGUAACCUACAACUGGAAUAUAAUACUAUGCUUCACAAUUAACAUACACAAACAGAGGUAGGUAGCUAUUCUAACUUCAGUGCUGCCUCCUUGGGACAUUUUGUCAUGUAGCUUUCUUAACAUCUUCCUUUCUUGAACCUAAAUAUCCAUUGGUCUCAGCAUCUCACUUUUAUUAGUAUCAUAUACUGUGCAUUAAUAAGAUGAUCAAUGGAUUUUGAAAGAUCUCUGGUGUCUAAUCAGAAGUUCUUAACAAUUAUAAAAGUUCAUUUUUCAUCAUAGUGAGGUUGCAGUGUUUCUGAAAGUCCAGAAAUCUGUCCAACAGAAUGUUUAGACAGCACAAAAUGCAGUCCAUGGAUUUUUCUUGAUAGUGUCCUUGAAGCCAAAAAGUUAUAGUAAUGAAAAUUUUGAUUCCU